CAGCGUAGUCUAAGGAGGAGGAGGAAAGAGGCAGUAGAGGGGGAUGCAGGAACCUUGAACUUCUCUCUGCCUUUGGAGGAGUAGGAGGAGGAAGAGAGGGAGGUGAAAGGGAGUCGAGAGGAGGAGUUUUCCAGCUCAGACCCACGUCUGCUCCUAACCCCCCCACCCUCUUUCCCUUCCUUUUCUCUUUGCUCCUCUAGCCCCACUGGUGGAACACUAGGCAUCCGGAGGGAAGGAGAACGGGCCGUGCACUAUGGGCAGCUCCUCGGUCUGGCUAGCGCUAUUGCUGCUGCCCCUCCACGCCUGGCUCAGCUUCGGCUUCCCAGGUUCGGGAUACUCACCACUAGAAGAUGAUGAAGAUGUGUACGCAUACCCUAGAAAGAAAGACACUCCAUGGUGCUCUCCCAUCAAAGUCAAGUAUGGUGAUGUGUCCUGCAGAGCACCUUAUGGAGGAUAUUACAAAAAUGUUUUGGGGACAAGAUGUGAUAUUCGCUGUCGUAAGGGAUAUGAGCUGCAUGGCUCUUCCCUGCUGACUUGCCAGCCAAACAGAAGGUGGUCCGACAAGGUUCUGUGUAAACAGAAGCGAUGUCCUACCCUUUCUAUGCCAACAAAUGGAGGAUUUAAAUGCAUAGAUGGUGCAUACUUUAACUCUCGAUGUGAGUACUACUGUACCCCAGGAUACAUGCUAAAAGGAGAACGCACAGUGGUAUGCAUGGACAACAAGUCUUGGAGUGGAAGACCAGCCACAUGUGUUGAUGUGGAGCCUCCUAGAAUUCAGUGCCCCAGUGUAAAGGAGCGGAUAGCAGAGCCCAAUAAACUGACUGUCCGCGUAUUCUGGGAGACCCCAGAGGGAAGGGACACUGCAGACGGCAUUCUGACUGAUGUUAUUUUGAAAGGUCUGCCUCCAGGAUCAGAUUUCCCAGAAGGAAACCAUAGGAUCCAAUACACUGUCUACGACAGAGCUGAAAACAAAGGAACUUGUAAAUUCCAUGUUAAAGUCAGAGUUCAGCGUUGCAAUAAGCUUCAUGCUCCAGAAAAUGGCUACAUCAAAUGUUCCAGUGAUGGCAAUAAUUAUGGAGCAACCUGUCAAUUUUCCUGCAUUGGAGGUUACGAGCUACAAGGUAGCCCAGCCAGAGUGUGUCAGUCCAACUUGGACUGGUCAGGCACAGAUCCGACUUGUAAAGCUAUGAAGAUAAAUGUGGGUGUCAGGACUGCAGCUGCCCUUCUGGAUCAGUUUUAUGAGAAAAGAAGGCUCCUUAUUGUGUCUACCCCAACUGCCCGUAACUUGCUUUAUAGGACACAACUUUCGAUGCUACAGCAAUCACAGUGUGGUCUGGACCUAAGGCACAUUACUGUUAUUGAACUGGUUGGCACAUAUCCAACCCUCAUAGGAAGAAUAGGCAUGAGGAUCAUGCCUCCAGGACUUACCCUACAGCUCAGGUUGCUACUGCGGAUUCCCCUUAACACCUUCAGUAUAUUAUUAGUGGAUAAGCAUGGCAUGGAUAAAGAACGCUACAUGUCCAUAGUGAUGCCAGUAUCCCUUUUCAACCUGAUUGACACUUUCCCCUUGCGAAAAGAAGAGAUGGUUUUACAAGCUGAAAUGGGCCAGGCAUGCAACUGAUAAUGGCAAAACCAGAAAUUUCUGAUUGAUGAAUGAACUCCAUUUUCCUGCCUACAUAAUACCCAAAGCAUGCCAUUAAAGAUGUCACUGAUGUACAGAUUUCUUUUGUAAUUUUAAAAUUUUUAUUUUAUUAUAUAGCUUCUCUACAUCUGAAAAAUGAACAUUAAUUUUUUUUGUACUUUUUGGUAUCUCUGGAGAAUUUCAUACUAAUAACAGAAUUUAGAGUUUCUAACCCUCUCUAUCCUCAUAACAUCCUCCUUGCACCCCUAUCUCACUAAAGUGAGUGACCUUGUACAGAAUUUUAUAGACUAUUGUAACACACAAAUCUGGAAUAUUUCAUUCACUGCAUAAUAGAACUCUCUUACAUUGUACUUUUUUAAUUGAAACUUUUAUUAAUAAAAUAUUUUGGGGCAAAUUCAGAAUAGAGUAUUUUGAAAUUCACU